UGCAGACUACCAGUAUCAGCUGUUGCGGUGUAAUGUUGAUUUGUUGAAGAUCAUCCAGCUUGGCCUUACCUUCAUGAAUGAACAGGGUGAAUAUCCACCAGGAACUUCAACAUGGCAGUUCAACUUCAGAUUUAACCUCACUCAAUGACUUCCUGAUGUCUGGAACCCACAGACACCACCAGAUGCUGGGGUUCUUCCCUGGUGAUGCUCUGCCAGGCCUUUACUGCAGCUGUCUUCAGUUCUAGCUUGUUCUUUGGGCAUUUUGCCUUCAGCAUUGCUUUGGGGCAUUUUGCCUUCAGCAUUGCCUUGGGGCAUUUUGCCUUCAGCAUUGGGGCAUGUCGAAAUACAUGCACAGUUCUUUGCCUUUAAUUGCUUAUGAUCAUUGUAUAUCUACACUGUGAAGUCCUGAACAUUUCAGAAUUCAUCUUGCUUUUUGUCAGCAGUAACAUUUUGUCCUACGUAUGUGUUAGCUUUGGAUCUGGGGCAGUUCCUCCCUUCUCCAUACUCCUUUUAUCUAAUCAUUCAGGUGCAAGUUUUUUUUCUUUCUUUUUUUUUUUUAAAUUAUAAGUUUUAGCAGCCUAUUCUGUUUGUCCUGUUUUUGUUACGAGUGUUUUACAUCUUUGGGUAAAUAUUUACGAUGGUGAAGUCUUCUCUUGAAUGUUGACCUUGUCAGGGAGAUGUCUACCCCAUGCCUGGAUGGUGUUCUUCAUGUAGUUUUUUUUUUUUUUAAAUCAGAGAAAAUGGUCUUUCCAUGGUCUUUCAGGUCUUAUGGUGUUCCUGAAUUCGCCAGUGCAUUCUUUCUUUUCCUGGACAUAAAUCAUGGAUUUGGCCACAUCUAAUAUUGAUGUUUUUCAGUCUAAUGAAGGAGCUGUUAGGCAGGGAAGAUAUGUAUGCACAAGAUUCAAUUGAGCUACUGACUACAUCAGGUAUCCAGUUCAAAAAGCAUGAAGAAGAAGGCAUUGAGACACUGUAUUUUGCAGAGCUCCUCAUGACUUCAGGUGUGGUGCUUUGUGAAGGUGUCAAGUGGUUAUCAUUUCAUAGUGGCUAUGACUUUGGAUACUUGAUCAAAAUCUUGUCCAAUUCCAAGCUGCCAGAGGAAGAAGUUGACUUCUUUGAGAUUCUUCGUUUAUUUUUCCCUAUUAUCUAUGAUGUGAAAUACCUCAUGAAGAGCUGUAAAAACCUGAAGGGUGGCCUGCAGGAGGUAGCUGAGCAGCUGGAACUUGAGAGAAUUGGGCCUCAGCAUCAGGCAGGCUCAGACUCCCUUCUCACAGGAAUGGCGUUCUUUAAGAUGAGAGAGAUGUUUUUUGAGGAUCAUAUUGAUGAUGCUAAAUACUGUGGGCAUUUGUAUGGACUGGGCUCCGGUUCAUCCUACGUCCAGAAUGGCACCGGCAAUGCCUAUGAAGAGGAGGCCAACAAGCAACAGUCAUGACACAACAAGAGCCAGCUCAAUAUAAAGAACUUCACCUGCAGGGCUUAAAACAUGGGUUUUUUAGUUUUUCAUGAAAUGUUCAAUAGGAAUUUGCACUUUAAAGCUCUAAUGAGACUCUUGGUUUUAGAUGAAAAGCUAAAAAACUUCCUCCACUUUGUUGCCUUCUCUACGUUAAUCUUUUCUCACAACACAUUCUUUUAUCAAAAGAGACGAGAAAAAAAAUGGGUGUUUUAUUUUUCCCCUGCAAAGCUCAGCCUUAAGCUACGUUUUAUGUUUUUUUUUUAUCAUUAAUUUAUUGCAUUCGUUCACAUGCUUUGUUGAGUAGUGCACAGACUAUUACAACAAAAACAGUAUGCCAGUUACCUACAUGUACAGUUGUUCCCUGAUCCAAGGAGUACCAUGUUGUUCUUGCAUCCUGCAGUAGCUUGAGCAAGAGACAGUCACACACCGGAAGAUCCUGGCACUUAAUGGCACGAGUGAAGCCUUGCACUGAUUUUACUUUUAUGUUGGGCUAACACAGGUUUUACCACAAAAUAGGAGAGUGAUGCAUAACUGCCACUAUUUAAUUGAACUAAGGUCACCUCUUCUGCAUUAAGACUGUCUUCAUUUCAUUUUAAAAAGUGACUUAAAGGUUUUGUAGUAUUUUAGUAUAAAAUCAAAGCCUUUUAUUCAUUGUGCUUCUUAAAAAAACUCUUAGCCAACCCAAGUACUCUGUGUCAGUGGAAUUAGAUUUACUUGUAGCACUGGUUUUUUUCAUUCAUGCGUGUUUUGUGCUGUUUGGGUUUUGUUUUGUGUUUACGACUCUGUUGUAGAUCAGUUGCAUGUACUGAUAGCGUUUGAAUAAAUGCUGUGUUUGAGUCAUGGUCUGAGCUUUUACAGAUGUGUGAACUGCAUGGACACGGCUUUUCUUCUGUUGAAUGUCGAAUGUCACCUGGCUAAUUUUCUUCACUUGUGUAGAAUGUCCAUGUAAAGAAUAUGCAAUAACAAAGGUGACUGUUUUUAGAGCUUUUGUAAAUAAAGACCUCAGAUUUUCUAUUAUCUGCAAAA